UCAAAACUUUUUUUAUUUCUAUUAAAUUAUUUUUAAUUUUAUUAAAUAAUAUUUAUUGUUCUAAUAUUAUAUUUUUAUUUCCUAACAGAGGAAUAUUUAUGUGAUAAUGGCUAUAAUUUAUAAUCUAUUAGAAUAUUAACAUCUUCUUAUAAGAUCCUCAAAAAAAUUUCUUUCUUUUUAAUUUCUAAAAUUCAAAGAAAAAUCUAAUAAACUAUCAAAAUAUAAUAAAAAAUACAUUAAAAAUAUCUCUUCUAACUCUAAUCUUUAUAUGGAUAAAGUUACCAUCUAAAAUCUUAAAUGCAAUAAGCAUCCAAAUAAAAACCUUCAAUUUAUUUAAGUAAAUGAUGUUCUAACACAACCUACUUCCUCUAAACCUCUCUUUUACUGCUCCUCCUGUUUUAAUCACGAUCUUCAAUUUAAAUCUAUCAACUAUCUUAUGAUCGAUUAGAUUAUUUAAGAAGCAGACACUAAUAUCAUCCCAAAGUGGCCACCAGUCAACAACUAUCAAAUCAUAUCAGAUCUCAUUGAUCUUACUUCCAAUUAAUCUUCACUUGACUAUAUCAAGCAAAUUACAGACUUCUUUCACCAACUCAAAGAAGAAUUUUUAAAUAAAAUAGAUGUAGUCUAAAAAAAGAUGAUCAACGAAGCCUUGAAAUAUCCUAUUGAUACAUAGCAAAUCAUCAAAAGAUAUUAAGAAAUUUCAAACAUUCAUUAGUUUAAGUAGAUUCUUAACAACGAAUAACCAAAUAACCUCCAAGAUAAUUCAACUUUAUGUAAAGAAUUUAUCUCACAAAUGGAGUCUCAAAAAGAUAAAAAUACUGAAUUGUUGUAAAGUCUACUUACCUAAACAAAUUAAUUGCAAAAAAAUUUCAACAUAGAAUAUCCUCACGCCAUUAAAUAGUAAUUAUUUACUUUUAUUGACCAAAUUUAUUUCUUCAAUUUAGAUAUUCCUGAAGUUAGUAGUACAAAUCAUUAUAUCACUACAAACCAUUAGGAAGCUAACAUUAUAAAUCAAAGUAAUUAAAUUGAAGAUUUAAAACUAACAUCUGACUUAAUCAUGAAGCUUGUUUCUAAUAAAUCAAAUUUUUGCUCUGACUAAUUCUUAAACAAGUUAAGUGAGAGUCUUUAAAGAAUAAACCCUCUACUUAAAUAGUUUAGUUUCAACACAGCAGUUUUCAAGGACAAUAAAGAAUAAAUUGACUUUUCCAAGAUUAGCGAGGAAAAAAUAAAUUUGAUAGAAGAAUAUGUUAAGCAUUAAAUAGCUUUGUCAAGAGGGGAAUAAUAAUUUUAAAAGGAAGUAAAGGAUAGUUAAGAAAUUAAAUAAAUGACUUAAAUUGUAGAUUCUAAAAUGAGUUUCUUGAGGUAAGAAUUCAUAUAAUAGUUUGAAAAGUUCUUAGUUGAUGUAAAACCUUUCUUAAAAUAAAUUAACUUCACUAAUAGUUUUACUGACAAAAAUAAAUUUGAUUUCUUUAGAAAUUUGAAAGAUAACAAAUGGAACGCUUUUUAUGAGGAAAGUUUACCAAAUUUAGAUCUAAAAUUGUUAGCAACUUAGUGGAGCGAUGGGUAGACAAAUUGUGUGGUAAAUAAAAAAGAAAAUGGUUAUUAUGAAAUUGAAAAAUUAAAUACUGAUGGUUGGGUGAAUUGUAUAUCAAAUACAAAUUUAUAAUAAGAUAAGAAGUAUAUAUUUAGGAUAAAAGUUGAAAAUCUAAAUGAGAAUCAAGUUUUUAUGAUAGGUCUAGUGAGAAAUUCAAUUGCUGAUUAAAUGUUAGGAUAUUUAGAGUAUUUAAGUUGUUAUUUAUAGAAAAUUAAUCAAUCUGUAUUUAAAUGUGGAAGAUUUGGUAUUGAUAAAUAAUUAAAGGGAGCAGGAUUUUAGACAAGUGAAGAGAAUAUAAUAGAACUUAGAUUGUGUUUGAAAAAGUAUAUUUUAGAAGUGUUAGAUUAUCCUAAUUAUGAGUAUAAGCUAGGAUUAGAGGAUAUAUACAAAAAUAAACUUCAUUAAUUUGAUGAUCUAAGAUUUUAUCUUGGAAUUCAUAAUUAAGGAAGCAAAUUAAUUUUAAUGGAUGUAAAAAUAGUGAAUGAGUUUAUAAAUUGAAUUAAAUUUUUUUUUAUUAUGAUAGUGGUAGAAAUAUUUAUUUUUCUUUUUU